AUGGUGAAGCUGGGCUGCAGCUUCUCCGGGAAGCCGGGCAAGGACCCCGGGGACCAGGAUGGGGCUACCACGGACAGCGUCCCUCUGAUCAGCCCCCUGGACGUCAGCCAGCUCCAGCCACCAUUCCCGGACCAGGUGGUUAUCAAGACACAGACAGAAUACCAGCUGUCCCCCCCGGACCAGCCAAAGAAGUUCCCCGACCUGGAGGCCCAGAAGCUGGCCUGUAACCACCCUGAGGAAGGACGCAGGCUGCCCACAGCGCGGAUGAUCGCCUUUGCCAUGGCGCUCCUGGGCUGUGUCCUGAUCAUGUACAAGGCCAUCUGGUAUGACCAGUUCACCUGCCCCGACGGCUUCCUGCUCCGGAACCAGUUCACAUUUUUCAGGUUCUUGUCUGCGGAGGCCUCUCAUUCUCGGGAGGAAGAUCGUCUGCGCCAGGCACUGAUCUCCGGAUGGAGGACACGGCACCAGCAGGUGGCGCUGCGGCCCCAGGUCUGA